AUGACCAGCAAUAUUAGCCCUCAGUCCAACAUGGUUGUCCUCUUCGCCGCCCUGGCCUGUGCCAGAGCAGCCUACCUUGAAGCUGAUCAACACGAGGCACACUACUCGCCUGCCUCAGCCGUUAGCUACAGCUCGAUCACCCGUCACGAGCCCACCAAAGUUGCCAAGACUGUAACCUAUGCCCAGCCGUCUGUCCACUAUGCCACCCCAGUCACCAAGACCGUGGCCUAUGCCGAGCAACCAACCAUCCAAUAUGCUGCCCCGGUUGCCAAGACCCUAACCUACGCCCAGCCAGCUGUACACUACUCUACCCCAGUCGCACACCAGGCUGUUGCAUAUGCCCAGCCUUCAGUUCAGUACGUCCAUGAGCAGCCAACCUACGCCAAGACCCUGAUUGCACAGCCAUCCUAUGUCCAUCAACAACCUGCUGUACACUACUCCACCCCAGCCGUAACAUAUGCCCAGCCAGCUGUGCACUACUCCAGUCCAGUUGCCACCCAGGCCGUCACAUAUGCCCAGCCUUCGGUUCAGUACGUCCAUGAGCAGCCAACCUAUGCCAAGACCGUUGUUUCGCAGCCAUCCGUCACCAAGCAUGUUGUAUCUCACCCACCAUCAUACGCAAAGGCUGUGCCAACCUAUGCCAAGGCUUAUGUGCACCAGGAGCCAGCCGUAUAUGCUUCCAAUGCCGUGUCGUACCAAACUCCACUAGCCUACAGUGCACCAGUUGCUAAAACCUACGUAUCCGAGCCAGUUUACGCCAAGACCCUGGUCCAUCAGCCAACCUACGUUAAGACCGUUUCUGCCCAACCCAUCUACGCUACUCCGUCUCCCGUUAUUGCCACCAAGACCCUAAGCUACGCACCGGAGGCUCAAGUUUCGCACGUUAGCUUCCAGGACUCUAGCUCUCACUACGCCUGGUAA